UUCAACCAGUCCUACUUUCUUUGCUUCUCUCAACACUCUUCAUUAUAUUGCUUUCCCUUCGUUUCCUUGUUUUUGUGUAAACUCGUACAACACAAACACAAGCCAAGAUAAUCAAAGAUAAGACCUUGCAUCAACCCUUUUCACAUGCACGCCACAGUGAAACACACUCCAAUUGGUGGUCUAAGCUGACGGUGAAAAUUGGAGCUUUUGUUUGUUGCUGAGGGUUGUGCUGGGUUGUUGACGCCUAAAGGUAAUGGCUUCCUCUCAUGGUAAUGCACACUCUGAUGCUGCAAAGAUGGAACAGAUAAUCACUGAGUUUUUUGCCAAGAGUCUUCAUAUAAUACUCGAAUCAAGGGCACCCUAUGUGUCCUCUCGCAAUUUUUACGGUGAUCAAGCUGCUUUGUCUCCGUGUUCAUCGUCUUCAUCUUCGUCCAGUGUGCGGCCGAGGGAUAAGUGGUUCAAUUUAGCGCUUCGGGAGUGCCCGGCGGCGUUGGAGAACAUUGACAUCUGGCGCCAGAACAACAUUGAGUGCAUAGUGAUUGAUGUGAUUUUAGUGCAGAGACCUCUGGAUUGGGACCCUGUGACUGCGAGUCUCUCUCCCAGAAGGGUUCUCCCCAGGAGUUCUUCGCUGAAGGAAAGAUGCCCUUUUGGCUGGAACACUGAUCAGGAAGAAUUGGGGGUUGUGGGAAGGAGUGAAAAGAUUGUGGAGAGGUGGGUUGUGCAGUAUGAAAGUAGGAAGACAAGGGAUUCUAGUUCAUGCAGUAGGAGGUCAAGCAGUGUUUCUUUGCAUAACUCGUAUAAGAAAUCAACUUUGCUUUUGAGGUCUUUGUAUUCCACUCUUAGACUUUUACCUGCCUAUAAAGUAUUCAGAGAGCUUAAUUCUUCUGGACAAAUUAGGGAUUUUACCCUUACUCACCGUGUGUCUUCUUUUGUUGAGCCCUUCACCCGGAAAGAAGAGGCUGAAAUGAUGAAAUUCGGGUUCACCCCUGUGGAUACUUCUUCUGGUAGGCUGUGUCUUAGUGUGAUGUAUUGCCCCGUGGUCUCAGGCGUGAGCUCAGAACCUUCGACUCCAAUGUCCCCACAAGUUAUAACAGACUAUGUUGGGAGUCCAUUGGCCGAUCCGUGGAGAAGGUUUCCUUCUGUUCCUGUGGCAGGCUUGCCAUCUCAUGGCUCUCCAUCAUCGUUACCAUCCUCAAGGCAGCGCAGUUUUAGUUUCGAUCAUUAUAGAGCCUCACCUCCAUCUUAUUUACCUUCCCCUACUUAUUCAGAAUCACUCUCUUCAGUGUAUAAUGCAAGUUUGCGGCGUUUCCCCCCCGCAAGUUUGCCUCCUCAUCCAACUGAGAUGUCUUUGAUUCAAAAGAAGAAUACAAAUUAUGAUGAUUAUUAUCACUCUCGAUCACCUUCAACCGAUAAUUCAGGACCAUUACCAUGCAAACCACUUUUACGAUCUGGAAGUGCUCCUGUCAGCAUACCUGCUGAAGUUGCUAAUUUUCCUGGUUAUUCCAAUAGGCAUAAUGUGCCUCCGUCUCCUCCCCUAAUAGGUUCAAGGGGCACUGCUAAGAUUGAUAGAUUUACAAAUGCUAUGCAAACUGGUGCAACAGCUGAAAAGCUGUUUUCUCUUGGAAAAGAUGAGUCUCGAAAAUAUUCUGGAGUCAAGAUAUCGUCUAACAGCUCGCCCUCCAGUAGGUCUUAUCAGGAUGAUUUUGAUGAUACUGAUUUUACUUGUCCAUUUGAUGUGGAUGAUGAUGAUAUUACGGAUCCAGGAAGCAGAGCUGAAUCUCUAGAUCAUGGUCUUUUGGCUGAGACAUUUGAAGGUGGAGGAUUCUUUCCCAUUAGAAAGUCUCAUGAUGCUGCUGUUGGUGCGCUUGUACAAAUGCUGAAGAAAGCACCACCUCUCCGUCAAGAUUUCUCCACUUCACAGCACCUGUCACAAGGAGUUACAAAUCCUGAAACCUGGAACAACAACAUUGGAGGGCCCAGUGAGAUCCUGGAGGCAUCAAAACAGGUGAGCAUAAUGUCUUCUGGGAUCAUAGCCACCAGAAAAACCACAGCUGAUGCACUGGAAGAGUUCCAAGGUUACAAAGAGAUGAAAAACCUGUUGCUUAUGCGAGACAGUAAGCACCAGACAUAGUACAUAACACAUGGUAUAUAUGAUAGUAGUACUCUUAUGCUUCUUCUGCUGUUAAUGCUAAUGUUGAAUCAGUGAAACACAUGUACAGCUUUAAUAAGCCUUUUCAUUUUCUUCAUAAGUUGGUUCAUCCAUUUGAAGAUGUUAUUAAUUUUGAAAAUACGUGUAAAUAUGAUGAUUAAGUCUUUAUGACUGUCGAGUUUUGAUCUAUGAUCAGGUCUGAGCUGGCUAGUAGAGUACAGCCUUGUAUUUCUGUAAGAUACUUGAAGCUAAUAAUGGUCACAUAUUGUAUAUAACCCUUUUUAUUA